AUGUUAGCACCACAUGGUUUUAAAUUUUGGGAUAAAUUAUGUCUUGAACCAUAUUCAAAACGAAAAGAUAUUGGUUAUAUAUGUAUUGUACCUGAUAAUGAUUAUAUAUGUACAAUGACAAAAAUUUAUUUUCGUGAAUUAUCAACACAUUAUGAAUUAUGUCGAUUAGGUUCACAUAGACUUUUAUUAAAAGCAUUUUCAGAUCAAGCACUUUUACGUAUAUCAUCACAACAAUAUAAUGAUUCAUCACAACUUGCAAAUAUUGAUUCAUGGUUUACUGAUCAUGAAACAACACAUCCACUUGGGAGUCGAUUAAAACUUUAUGCUCAAAUAUUCAAAGAUAAACUUUUCAAUAUUCUCACCACACAAUCAUUCAAUAAUAUAUUAUCAGAUGAUAGUACAUCUCGUCGAGAUGUAUUUCGUAGUCCAAAUGAUAUAUCAUCAUCAUCAUCAUUUGAUCAUUAUUCAACGAACAAUAAUUUAAUAAUAAAUACUGGUGUUGCUGCAAAUAGUAUUUAUACAACAGGAUCACCAGCAAGUGAUGCUCUUAAUACAUCAUCAAAUAAUCUUUCAUCAUCAUCAACAAAUGGUACAAUUGUAAAUGGUCAACAAGUUGAUCCAAUUGGUUUACAAGCAUUUGAAUCAUAUUAUCAUGGUCGUUCAUUAAAUGAUGAUGAAUUAUUUUUAGUUAUUUAUAUAAUUGAUACAUUUCGAUAUGAAUUAAUAGGAUCAUCAAAUAAUGAUAAUGAUGAUAUUCAUAUUGAUGAUACAAUUGAUAUUUAUGUAAGAAAAGCAAUUUUUCCUGCUUAUUUAGAUCUUAUUAAAGAUUUACCAGAAAAAACUACUCUUCGACUUAAUAUUCAAAUUGUUCCAUUUGAAUUAAUAGUUAAUCAACAAAUUGAAUCUGAUGCUGAACUUCGUUUAACACGAUUAAAACGUUUAUCAUUUCAUGUUUAUGAUCAAUUACGACAAACUGUUUCACAUACAACACGUGCAAAAUCUUUAACUGGUUUUGGUCCAGCUAUAUCAAAAGAAAAAAAUGCAAACAAAAAUUGUAAAACUAACAUAUUUUCAUAUAUAUAA